AUUUGAGUAUUUUCCAUUUCGUUCAAACUUCUCAUCUUUACUUUUUCGGCUGAAACCUCUUUCUCUAUGGCCAUAUAUCUCCAAAUCAGUUAGUGGGUCUUCAACUUCAUCUCCAUCCACCUCACCAACUUCUAAAAGUUGUCAAUCCUCUCUGAAUCUUUUCCCCAGACAUAGCCCCGUGCCUUUCCAUAUAUGAUUCUCUCUUGCUUGACACUAACGUCGGUGGUUCUGCUGGUGCUAUUAUAUAACCAAGAGUACCAUCAAUGGCGGAAAUUACAGUAUCAGCUUCUUCAGCAACACUUGCUUUUAUUCCCCGCUGGCUGAAGUCUAAAGUCAGGGGCCGAAGAGACAGAGUCUCCGAGAGUGCUGAACAAAUGGUGGAGCAGCAGUCACCAGUUUUCUUAUUCACCAACAACUUGGAACAACAACACGUGGAAGAUGAGCUGGCUAUAGACAUCAAAGAAAGGAUUCAAGAUUGCGGAGAUGGUCUUUCGUCACCAGACUGUUGUAUCUAUCGAGUGCCCAUUGUGCUCCGUCAUCUUAAAGAAAAGGCUUACACUCCAAAAGUUGUUUCGAUUGGCCCCUUCCAUUACCGUAAUGAGAGGCUGCAGGACAUGGAAAGGCAUAAAAAAAUAUUUUUCAAAAGAUUUGCUCAAAGGGCUAUGUCAAGCUUGGAUGAUUUGGUUCGCUGUGUGAAACAUUUAGAACCAAAAGUCCGUGCUUCUUAUUCAGAAACCCUUAACUUUAGUGAAGAAGAACUUGUGAAAUUGAUAUUAAUGGAUGCUGGUUUCAUCAUUGAACUCUUCAUCAUGGCCUAUAAGAGGGAUCAUGGCAACGAUGCUAUAUUGACGCAGCUCUGGUUAGUAAGUUCUAUAUCCCAGGAUUUGUGUUUACUUGAGAAUCAACUUCCAUUCUUUGUUAUUGAAGAGCUAUUCAAUAGAGCUUUUCCUGAUGAGCGUCGGGGUAACCUCCCUUCAUUUCGUAAGCUCACGUAUAAGUAUUUUGAGCAUUAUCAUGGAACAAAAGUAAUGCCAAAUAUUGAUGUUAAGGUAAAGCAUUUUACAGAUCUUCUUAGAUCAUUAUACUUACAAGGAGAAAUGUCUGCACAGCAAUUAAUAUCAGUGGAUGGAAGUCAUCGUCUUUUAUACAAUGCAAAUGCAUUACAAGAAGCAGGGAUAAAGUUGAAGGCUAGUGAGAGCAAAUGCUUAUUAGACAUGAAAUUUUCAGGACAUAUUCUUGAAAUUCCACAAUUUCUGGUGGAUGAUAACACUGAACUUGUGUUUCGCAAUAUGAUAGCAUUAGAAGAGUGUCAUUAUCCUUGUGCUGCUUACAUUACUGACUAUGCUCUUGUAUUGGAUUGUCUAAUAGACACACAAAAAGAUGUGGAUCUCCUUAUCCACAAGAAAAUAGUCAGCAAUCAUGUAGGGGGUACGAAUAAUGUUGCUUUAUUAUUUAAUGGUCUUUUGGGAAAUGUCAAUCAGUUGACUUUCAAUUCUAAAUACUUUGAUAUUUGCCAAAAGUUGAAUGCGUAUUGUCAAGAUCCUUGGCAUGAGCUGUGGGCAACUCUAAGACAUGAUUAUUGCCGUACACCUUGGCAAACUGUUGCUUCUAUUGCUGCAAUUAUACUCAUCUUUCUCACAGUUGUUCAAACCAUAAUUUCUAUCCUCCAAGUUGUGAAGUAAAUUUCCGGCUUUGUAUGUAUGAUGUUGGGAUUUGAUUAUUGUGUCCUCUGACUUUGUUUCCAAUAAUUAACUAGUGAAACAAUGUCUUGUACCAGGUCUUGUUGACAAUAGAUCGCACCUUGUGGCCAUAGAAAAGUAGUUCUGCUCCUUGUAGCCACAGAAAAGCUCUUCUAAAAGUUAUUAUAUAUAUAUAUAUAUAUAUAUAUAUGUCCUCUUCUAUUCUUUCGAUUUUUGUAGCCAUCAAAUUAAAUUAAUCCAAUCGGUUAUCCAUAUUAGAAGUAAGUUUCCAUGUAGGGGAUACAGGAGGUGAUUCAUAUAUACAUGCUUAUGGCCAUUCCCCCCACCUUUUGGCAGCUUUAAAAAUGCACAUACUUGACAAUGAUACAAGAAAGGUGUAUAUUAAAGCUUCAUUUGAAUAUUUAUGUUUGCAAUAAGAAUGAGAAUUUAUAUU